AUGGCAGAGUAUGGGGACCAAUUAGGCAACAAAAUGCGCCAGACUGAUGAAUAUGGCAACCCUGUUCGCCACACUGGGGGUCCUAAGUCGGGCCAACAAGGAACUGGUCAUGGAACCACCGGAGCUCAUGGGACUCAGGGUGGAAUUGCCCCAGGGGUAAUUGAUUCUGGCUUAGCUGGGCAGCAACAUGGACAGGGCCAUCUCCGCCGCUCUGGCAGCUCCAGCAGCUCGUCAUCAGAGGAUGAUGGGAUGGGAGGGAGAAGGAAGAAGGGUUUGAAAGACAAGAUAAAGGAGAAGCUGCCUGGCGGUCACAAGGACGAGCAGACUUACGGUACUCAAACCACUACUCAAGGAGGAGGCUAUGGAUAUGGUGAAGGGCAGCAGCAGGAGAAGAAGGGAAUGAUGGGAAAGAUUAAGGAGAAGCUGCCUGGUGGCCGCUAG